UCAAAUUUGCUUUGUUGGACAAUAUAAGUACUUACAUCCUAGAACAUAGAAGAUAAGAAAUCAAAAGUCCUCAUAUAUGAUUUAAUUAAAUAAUAUUACAAAAAUGAAUAAUUAUAAAAUCAAGGUCGGAAUAAUUGGUGGUUCGGGUUUAGGUGAUCCUCAAAAUCAGAUAUUAAAGUGUCAAACUGUAACUACACGAGAAGAGGCCAAAAAUGAUUUUGGAUUACCAUCUAGUGAUCUUUAUCAUGGAAGUAUUAAUAAUGUAGAUGUGAUAUUGUUAUCAAGACAUGGACCAGUCCACAAAACAAGCCCAACUGCAGUAAAUUAUCGUGCAAAUAUUGAAGCUUUACGUUUAGCUAAAUGUACUCAUAUACUUGCAUCAACAGCAUGUGGCUCCUUACAAGAAUGUAUUUUCAGAGGACAAUUAGUGAUCCCAGAUAGUUUUUUAGAUAGGACAAUAAAAAGAAGUACAACUUUUUAUGAUGGUACUUCAUCCAAAUACUCAGGUGUAUGCCACAUGCCAAUGGAACCAGCUUUUGAUCCAAGUACAUCUCAAAUACUAUUUGAAGUUGGUAAAGAAUUAGGAUACAGCAUACAGAAGGGAGGGACAGUUGUAACUAUAGAAGGACCUCGAUUUUCUUCAAAAGCUGAAAGUAAUGCUCUGCGUUUGUGGGGUGGACAGUUAGUUAAUAUGACUACAUGUCCAGAGGUAUAUUUGGCAAAAGAAGCAGGACUUUUAUAUGCAGCUGUAGCAAUGGCAACUGAUUAUGAUUGUUGGAGGGAUUGUGGAGAUAAGGUUCAUGCAGCUGAUGUAGUAGCUGUAUUCAAACAAAAUGUCAAUAAAAUAAAAGAAAUACUUACAAAGGCAGUUAAAAUUAUUGGUGAAAGAAAUUGGGACAAAGAAAUUGAUGCAUUACAGGAAUUGUGUCGAAGUAGUAAUGUUUCUUCUUAAAUUUCAUAACUUUAUACAUUUAUAAUACACUAUUAACAAAAUACUACUUAAUAUAUAUUGAAGUGUACAUUUAGUUCAAGAACAAGGACUCAAAUUUAUACAUUUCUUACUUAAGAAUUUUGAGAACACAUUGUACUUUUUAAUAAAUAUAAUAUA